AAAACAUAAUACCUAGUUAAUCAAUUUACCAAUAGUUAACAUAACAUUGCUGGUCUCGGGAUUCCUCUUUAAUCCCUGAAUCUCUCUCUCCCCACCCACUUGGUUGUCGCAAGUUGGCUUCAUUUCUUUCUACCUUCUUUACCCCCUUCCUGCCUUCCCUCUGUCCCCCUCUCCUUUUCUUCGAUUACAAGCCAAUAUUUUGUACGCUGGUUGAAUUCCACUGGUCAUCGCGCCGCUUUCGCCAACGCCAGCUACCGCAGAUUUCCACGUCUCGUGCCCGUCUACGUUUGGGCCUUUUUUUCUUCUCUUCUCUCUUUCUUUUUCUCCUACCGAUCUGCUGGCCGGAUUAAUCUAGUUACUAUAUUCAGUUGAUUUCUAAGCCUGCCUUGCAUUCCUCCGACUAUAUCAUCUACUGCAUUAUUCAGUUACAAUGAACGUCAACAGGAAGUUCGAUCGCUUCAAGCAAUGGGCGGGGGAGAGAAUGGGUGGGGAGGUUAAAACCAACCUCUCAGAUGAUUUUAAAGCCAUGGAAACAGAAAUGGGCGUACGGAACGAAGGUCUUGAUCGCCUUCAUAAGUCUAUGAUUGCAUACGUCAAGUCCGUCUCGAAGCGCAGCGAAGGCGAUGAUAAAGAGAAAACGUUACCCAUUGGCCAUUUGGGUACUAGCAUGGUCAGCCAUGGCGAGGAUUUUGACGCACAUUCGGAGUACGGUCGUUGCUUGACAAUGUUCGGACGGACAGAAGAGCGUAUUGCUCGCCUUCAGGAGUCGUAUAUCGCCGAGGCGAACUCGAGUUGGCUUGAAUCCCUAGAUCGAUCCUUGGCGCAGAUGAAGCAGUACCAGAACGCCCGUAGGAAACUUGAUAGCCGACGAUUGGCCUUUGAUACCUCGCUUUCCAAGAUGCAGAAGGCGAAAAAGGAGGAUUUCCGUGCAGAGGAAGAACUCCGGACCCAGAAAGCCAAAUACGAGGAGGCCAACGAUGAUGUACUCCGACGGAUGCAAGACAUCAAGGAAGAAGAAGUAGAGAGUAUUGCUGAUCUCGAGUCAUUUUUGGAAGCCCAACUAAAUUACCACGAAAGGUGCAGAGAGGUGCUUCUCCAACUCAAAAAUGAAUGGCCUACCGGACAGUCUCAAGCGCAGGCUUUGAGCGGUCGUCGCCCUGGUCGAACUCGUGCUAGCACGGUCCAUUCUUACCAAGAGCGCUACGAACCUCUGCAUGAGGAAGUCAGUAACGGGGCAGAUCUGCGCCCUAUUAUUCGGACAAGCAGGUCUCCAUCUGAUGUGGGGGAGCCGAGGGAAGUCUAUGCCUCAGAUCCUAUGGCCCAGCGACCUUUUCUCAAUAGAACUGCAACCUUCGAGGGUCCCGCGCAAUUACGGCAAGAACAGGCGUACAGUUCAAGCCCUCGGCCAUCUCGAGUAACAAGCGAGAAUUUCAUAACUGGCAGGAACAGCGUUCUGGCUCGGGUGACCGCCGAUCGACACGAGGAUGCCAGUCCGCGCUCUGGCGCUAGUCCCGACCGAAUGUGUCAGGGACAGUCCGAUUCUCCAGUAUCCUCAUAUGGAAGUGUUACGAGAAGAAGCAGCUCGACGACGUUGAAUGGGGCGGCAGUCCAGAAGAAAGGGCCCCCGCCACCCCCACCUUCGCGUGCAAAGAAGCCCCCGCCACCUCCUCCGAUGAAAAAGCCCAUGCUCGGUGCUGGCGAAGCAUAGGGUCUACUUGGAAUAAGCUAUCAUUGGGAUCCAUCAGAAGUUGUAGUGGACAAGUCUCAAUGGGAUGUUCUGGCUUGAGUUGUUCGUAAAGCCUUGGUGGUCAUGGGUUACUGUUUACUUACCUGCAUUAAGUGGCAGUAGAUAGCCAAUCUGCUAUUGAUGAUAGUCAGUGGCAUGUACUAGUAUGCAACAGCAUUUGUAUUUAUAAUAGUGCAAGGAUGAUUUCAUAAGCCCUUCUUUAUUUACAGAGCAAGUUAGAAGUGGGCUAUGUUUUCUGGUUAGUAAUGUCCUAUUUGUUAUAAUUAUAUUACCAGAGACAACUGCAGUAACCCAUGCUAGAUGGUAA